UAAAUUUUUGGAACAUUAUCUGGAAUAUGAUUAUUAUAAAAAGGUGAGAGCCUUGGCAGUGGUAAUCGGUUCUGGCAGCCAUGGAUUCACCUUCUCUGCACAUAGCAAUGUUUCCAUGGUUCGCAAUUGGGCACCUAACUCCAUAUCUGCACCUCUCAAACAAAUUAGCAAAGAGGGGACACAGAGUCUCCUUCUUCAUCCCCAAAAGAACACAAGCCAAGUUAGAGCAAUUCAACCUUUAUCCACAUCUCAUAACCUUUUACCCUAUCAACGUACCUCAUGUUGAUGGCCUUCCCCAUGGCGCAGAAACCACUUCCGAUGUCUCUUUCCCCUUAGUUCCACUCAUUAUGACAGCCAUGGACCGCACAGAGAACGACAUAGAACUUCUCCUCCUUCAUCUAAAGCCACAAAUCGUUUUCUUUGACUUCACAUAUUGGCUUCCAAACAUGACUCGUCGCUUGGGUAUCAAGUCUUUUCAAUACUCGAUCAUUGGCCCAGCAACGGUAUCUUACGUUAGAUCCCCAGCAAGGAUGCGCCAGAACAUGACUGAAACUGAUCUCAUGCAACCCCCUGAAGGAUACCCUGUAUCUUCCAUUAAGCUUCAUGCCCAUGAAGCCAAGUUCCUUGCUUCUAAAAGAGACUUGGAGUUUGGUAGCGGUGUUCUCUUCUAUCACCGCCUCAACACUGGUUUAAUGCAAUCAGAUGCAAUUGGGUUCAAAGGUUGUAGAGAAAUUGAGGGGCCUUAUGUUGAUUACCUUGAAGAGCAGUUUGGGAAGCCUGUAUUGCUUUCAGGACCUGUCUUACCUGAGCCCCCCAACACUGUUUUAGAUGAAAAAUGGGGUUCAUGGCUUGCAAAGUUCAAGGAAGGUUCGGUUAUCUACUGUGCACUUGGGAGUGAAUGGAAACUACCACAUGAUCAGUUCCAAGAAUUGUUGUUGGGUCUUGAACUUACAAACCUGCCCUUUCUGGCUGUUCUUAAAACUCCAGUAGGGUUUGAAACAAUUGAAGCUGCUCUCCCUGAAGGGUUCAAAGAGAGAGAUGAAGGGAGAGGAAUUGUCCAUAGUGGAUGGAUACAACAGCAACUGAUUUUGGAACACCCUUCAGUGGGAUGCUUCAUAACACAUUGUGGUGCUGGUUCAUUAACUGAGGCACUGGUGAAUAAGUGUCAGAUAGUGUUACUGCCUCAGCUAGAUGCUGAUCAUAUCAUUAAUGCUAGGACGAUGGCUACAAAUAAGGUUGGGGUUGAAGUGGAGAAGGGUGAAGAGGAUGGGUUUUUCACAAAAGAGAGUGCAUGCAAAGCUGUGAAAAUUGUGAUGAAUGAGGAGAAUGAGGUUGGCAGAGAAGUCAGAACAAAUCAUGAUAAAGUGAGGAACUUCUUACUGAGCCACAAUUUGGAGUCGGCCUAUGUUGAUAGUUUCUGUCAGAAGCUUCGAGAUUUACUCAGGUGAUUUUCAAGUUUUCAUAAACUAUCCCAAUGUAACCCAUCACCGGAAGUAAAUUUAUUCCCUUAAUUUCAAGCUAUUCAAGUUAUUCGAGCAAGAUAGUGUAACCAUUCUAGUAAAUUCGCUAAUUGGAUUUAAGUUAACAACAAAAUAUACAUUGAUUGAAGUA